AUGGCGAGGCUGUUCGCCACCGAGAGCUUCGGGUUCAGGGCGAGGGCGUUGUACGGGGUCUACGCCGUCACGGUGUCCGUGGGGAUAUGCCUGGUGCUCUACUGCCGGGCGGUCGGCGUGCUGAGUAGGGCCGCCGCCGGCGAAGCAGGCAGCGAGGCGUGGCUCUGGCUGGGGAUGCUCGCGGCGGAGCUGUGGUUCGGCCUCUGCUGGAUCGUCGCGCAGUCCGUGCGGUGGCCCCGGCCCGUCCGCCGCCGCGCCUUCAGGGACAGGCUCGCCGCCAGGCUCGGCGACAAGCUCCCUUGCGUGGACAUCUUCGUCUGCACCGCGGACCCACGGUCGGAGCCGCCAAUCAUGGUAGUCUCCGCGGUGCUCUCGGUCAUGGCGUACAGCUACCCGGCUGACAAGCUGAGCGUCUACCUCUCCGACGACGGCUGCUCGGCCCUCACGUUCUACGCUCUGGGAGGCGUCCCGGUUCGCCAAGCUCUGGCUGCCCUUCUGCAGGAGACACAGCAUCGAGCCGAGGAGUCGUACAAGGAAAUGACCGAGCGCAUCAAUUCUGCGGUCAUGCUGGCCAAGGUUCCUGAAGAAAUCAAAGCAAUGCAUAAGGGAUUUUACGAGUGGGAUUCUUCAGAAGUUACCUCGCAAAAUCACCAGCCGAUUGUUCAGGUUUUGAUUGAUGGGAAGGAUCGGAGCGUAGUUGACAACGGAGGAAGCAUGCCACCCACAUUGGUGUACAUGGCACGCGAGAAGAGGCCUCACUAUCACCAUAAUUUCAAGGCCGGGGCGAUGAACGCUCUGUACCCCCAGAACUACACCAACUUGACCAAGAAUGACAUAUAUGGUAACUCCCUCAAUGUCAUCAACGAGGUAGAGCUAUGCGGCAUGGACGGUGUGGGCGGCCCCGCGUAUAUUGGUACCGGAUGCUUCCACAGAAGGGACGUCCUCUGUGGAAGAAGCUUCGCUGAAGACUACAAGCACGACUGGGAUGACACCGGGAUCACAGCAGCAAAACCUCAGGAACGCAUCGACGAGAUCGAAGAGCAAGCCAAGUCUGUAGCGAGCUGCGCCUACGAGGCAAGCAACACGCAGUGGGGGCGUGAGAUGGGCGUAAAAUACGGUUGCCCGGUGGAGGACGUCAUCACCGGGUUGGCGAUCCAGUGCAGAGGGUGGGCGUCGGUCUACUUCAACCCGCAGAGGAAGGCGUUCCUGGGCCUCGCUCCGACGACGCUUGCUCAGACGCUGCUGCAGCACAGGAGGUUCGGCGAGGGCAACUUCUCCAUUCUGCUCUCGCGGUACUGCUCGGUGUUGUUUGGGCAUGGAAAGAUCGAGCUGCCGCUGCAGCUGGGCUACUGCAUCUACGGUCUAUGGGCUCCAAGCUCGUUGCCUACGCUGUACUACGUUAUCGUCCCCUCGCUUGGCCUCCUCAAGGGCAUCCCUUUGUUCCCGGAGAUCACAAGUCCAUGGAGUAUCCCAUUCGUCUACGUGUCAGCUGCGACAUACAUGUACAGCCUCUACGAGGCACUGAGCUCCGGGGUCACGGUAAGAGGGUGGUGGAACGGGCAAAGGAUGUGGAUCAUCAAACGAACGACGUCCUACCUCUUCGCCAUGAUCGACACCGUCUCGAGGCUGCUCGGACUGUCGGCCAUGGCGUUCGCCAUCACCCCAAAAGUAACCGACGAAGACCAGUCAAGGAGAUACGGGCAGGAGCUCUUGGAGUUUGGGGCCUCGUCGACUUCCCCCGAGCUCGUGAUCGUCGCGGCCACCGCGUUGCUCAGCCUCGUGUGCCUGGCCGGUGGGCUGAGCUGGGUCCUGGCCAGUGGCUGCGGCAGCACGAGCUGCCUUAGCGCGUUUUGUCUUCAGAUUGUGCUCUGUGGAGCGCUGGCGGCCGUCAACGUCCCAGUAUACGAGGCAAUGCUGUUGAGGAAGGACAGAGGGAGAAUGGCGUUCAGAGUCAGCGUGGCUGCCUGCUUUGGGCUCGUGCUGCCAGCCUGUCUGAUUUGGGUGAACGUAUUUUGA